GCUGCCAACCUUUUUCAACAGAUCAACAUCUGCAAUUAGUUUUGUUUGUUUAUUGCCGCGCGUUUUGUGCUUCCCCCAAAUCUGUAAACAAACCCAAAGGGCCUCCAAACCAAGAUGCUGGGGGGCAACGAGAAGGAUAAGGCAAAGACACUGGCCAAGGUACGACGCUUCCUGAAGGCUCGCCUGCAGCGGGACUACACCACCUUGCACGGCUACAAGGAGGAGCGCUCCAAUGUGCGCCAGCUUCUGCAGCGCACUGCCGAAAUGGGGGAGUCCAAUUCCCUGCUCCUUAUUGGUCCUAGGGGCGCAGGAAAGACGACGCUCAUCAACGCUGUACUCACGGAUUUGAUUGACAACCGAUCCUUUGUGGAAAACACGUUGAUUGUACACCUGGACGGAAACCUGCACACGGACGACCGCGUGGCCCUCAAGUCCAUAACCCUACAGAUGCGGCUGGAGAACGCCGCGGACGGUAAGGUUUUCGGAUCAUUUGCCGAAAACCUUGCAUUCCUACUGCAGUGCCUCAAAGCGGGCGGCCGGCAGUCCAAGAGUGUCGUCUUCAUUCUGGAGGAGUUUGACCUGUUCUGCGCACAUCACAACCAGACACUGCUCUACAAUCUCUUCGACGUCUCCCAGUCAGCCCAGGCGCCUAUAUGUGUUCUGGGCGUCACUUGUCGCCUGGACGUGAUCGAGCUCCUGGAGAAGAGAGUCAAGUCUCGUUUCUCCCAUCGUCAGGUCUUUUUGUUCCCCAACUCCGGGCGUUUCGAGGAGUACUUGGCCAGAGUCGAGGAACUGCUGUCCUUGCCCGAGAACAAGUCACUAGAGCUAGCUUCGGCUCGAUUGCGCCGGCUGAGCAAAAUUCAAUCGGAAGCACUGAGUUUGGGGCGUAAACAUUUCGACCCGGCAGACGGUGAAGAGAUCGACCAGUCGUUUAGAAAAACCUGGAACACGCAGCUCCACAAAAUGCUGGCCACUCAGCAUGCGCAACGCAGCCUGCAGAUGCUCUACGACUUUGACAUUAGUGAAGCCUUUCUCCGGAACUUCCUCUUCCGGCUGGUGGCCCAAGUUCGCCCGGAAACGCCCAAUAUCACAGCCGACCAGUUGAGAACUAUGGCCAAUCAGUACGAGUGUGACGACAAGAUAGAACUCCUUUGCGGGCUUUCCGUCCUCGAGCUGUGUCUCAUCAUAGCCAUCAAGCACCACUCCGAGAUCAACGAUCGAGAUCCGUUUAAUUUUGAGAUAAUAUUUGCGCGCCUCUCCAAGUUCGCCAAGGUGUCCUCCACGAUGCAGGGCAUGGAGCGGUCCAUCGUUCUCAAGGCCUUUGAGCACCUUCGCAUUGGAGAGCUGAUCAUGCCCGUUUCUGUUAGCAGCAGCUCCAGCGGCAAGGUCCAAAAGGAGUUUGAGAAGCACAAGUUGGCGCUGACCUACGGCCAGAUUCAACAGGCGGUGCAGCGCUACCAGGCCCUGCCCACAGAAGUAGCUCAGUGGGCCCAGAGCUCGCUGAUCUAGCCCCGAAUAGGUUGUGUCCUAUAAAAUUCCUUAAAUUAUUUAUUAUUGUUAAUAAAAUAAAGUACA